AUGCUCGCCACUCAUUGGCUACCAGCCGCUCGGUUGAACAUCAACCAAACGCGAAAAUUCUCCCUACUUUCCACCCAUGCUUCAUUUCCUGCGACAAUGUAUCGAUACCAGUUGUCGCGCAAGGCCACACUAUACGACGUGGCCCAAGAUGAGACCCGCCACAGGAAGGACGCAGUCAAUGUGUCUGAUGAUGGCUUAGUCCACGCAACGAUCUCGAAGUCAAGCCCCUACUCCAAUGGGCCAAUAUUCAUGCCCAAUUCUCGUCUUAUGCAGCAAAUGCUGCGCUUUGAUUUUGCGCGAUACCAAGAAGAGAUCGACGACGGGAAAUGUCUUUUGGACCCCACUGUUAUCUGCGUUCCACGAGGUACUCCCAUCCCACCCGCAUUGGUGCUAUGGAGAGAGGGGAUGUCUCGCUUCUCCCUGCAACCUUCAAAUCCCAUGGAAAUUGAAAAUCUGAAUGAUGUCCUCAGCGAGUUUUACGAGAAGUCAGCUACAGUGAUCGGCGCUGAGGAAUGGAUUGAGGAACAUCCAUACCGGGAGAGUUUUGCUGACGAAAACGACAAGGUAUGGAUGGAGGUGUAA